GACAUAUGUUUCUCAAAGCAAAAGCCCAAAGUUGCCUUCAGAAGCCCAUUCAGAAUUCAGAAAGGCCCAAAUUGGUCUCACCACUCCUCCGCAAAUAGGAAGAGCGAUGACCGAUCGCUGAUUACCAAAACCCCUCUUUCCCAUCUCUGCUCGUCGGGCGAAGAGAAGUCAGAACCCAGAAGAGCAAUGUGGCGCUCCAUUGAUGCUCACCUCAGAACCGUCCGCUUGCCUCUCCGUAAUUUCCUUCACGCUCAGCCUAACCCUAAUUCCCUACUCCACCUUCCUCCUCCUCUCAGCCCUCGCUCCGAUUCCAGGUCCUAUAGCUCCCUGACGAAAUUCGUCGUUUGUUCCGCUCCAUUUCCCGCCCUCGGUUACGGUAAUGGAGGCCGCCAGGUUGCGGUUACUGGCACUGGGAUGUGCCGCGAAGGGGGAGCCUUGGUGAUUGCGAGGUGCGUAUCCUCACUGUCUUCUUCGCUGCCCCAGCAGCAGCAGCAGCCAAAUGGUGGUAUGGACUGGAGUGAGGCAGUGUUGUGCUCUGAGGUUGGAGAUGGUACUGUGGAAGCUGAUGAGCGAAAUGGUACCGUGGAGGAGGAUGACAGGCCCGCGAUUCCAGUUCGUGCUUUCUUCUUCUCUACUAGUGUGGAUUUGAAGAGCUUAGUGGAACAAAACAAGCAGAACUUCAUCCCACCCACAUCGCGUAUGACUAAUUAUGUUGUUCUCAAGUUUGGGGAUCUUUGCGUGACAAGUGGUUUGGGGACUUGCAUAGGUGGGAGCAAUUGCAGUUACAUGGUGGUGUUUCAAUAUGGAUCAAUUGUCUUGUUUAAUGCCCGUGAACAUGAAGUCGAUGCUUACUUGAAAAUUGUCAGAAAUCAUGCAACGGGAGUGCUCCAUGAGAUGAGAAAGGAUGAGUAUGAGGUGAUAGAGAAGCCAAAUCUAGAUACUUGGAUGCAAGCUGGACUGGAUCAUAUAAUGUUGCGGUUUCUGAACAUUGAUGGGAUUCGUACGAUUGGUAGUGUUCUUGGGCAAAGUAUUGCUCUUGACUACUAUGGACGGCAGGUCGAUGGAAUUGUUGCUGAAUUCACUGACAUCAACCGCGGGAUGGAGAAAACCGGAACAUUUUCCAUGGACAGCAAAAAGCUUUUCCAAUUAGUAGGCAAAGCAAAUUCUAAUCUUGCUGACAUUAUUCUUAAGCUGGGGCUUUUCGAGAGAUCUGACAUAGCAUGGAAAGAUGCAAAAUUUGGUCAGAUAUGGGAAUAUCUCAGAGAUGAGUUUGAAUUAACUCAGAGGUUUGCAAGUCUUGAUUUCAAGUUGAAGUUUGUGGAGCACAAUAUCCGUUUCCUUCAGGAGAUUCUGCAGAACAGGAAAUCUGAUUUCCUGGAAUGGCUCAUCAUCGUAUUAAUUAGUGUUGAAAUCAUUAUAUCUGUUUUUGACAUCUCGCACAGGUCAGGAUUCCAGUUGCUCUAGUCUAGAUAGGAUAUUGUAGCUUUGAGUUUCUUGGUCUAGAAGAGAAGAAACUAAAGCCCUAGCAGAUUGAAAUAGGUGCCUCACUGGUUGUAUAUCUAUUUUGUACUUGGUUGUAAUUAAUUGACAAUUAUGAGUUGCUCUGGCAUGCUUCUGGCUUUCCAAACGAUCCACUGAAAAUCAAUAAUUUCAUUUACU